AUGGCAACGACAGCUCUGACCGGUUUCUCCAUGAUGAGCCUGCUCAGCCUCGGGUACCUGACCUGGGAUACGAUGAGUCCUAACCAGGUGGAAAACGAGCCCGACCAAAUUUUUGGAGACAGGUCUUCCACCCCUCAGCCUCCUCACAUCAUUUUCAUCAUGACAGACGAUCAGGGAUUCAACGACAUCGGCUAUCACAGCUCUGACAUCAGGACACCGGCGCUGGAUAAACUGGCCGCGGACGGAGUGAAGCUGGAGAACUAUUACAUCCAGCCCAUCUGCACCCCGUCCCGAAGUCAACUCAUCACCGGCAGGUACCAAAUUCACACUGGCCUGCAGCACUCCAUCAUCCGGCCCCGCCAGCCCAACUGCCUGCCCUUUGACCAGGUCACCCUCCCCCAGAGGCUGCAGGAGCUCGGCUACUCCACCCACAUGGUCGGCAAGUGGCACCUGGGCUUCUACAAGAAGGAGUGUUUGCCCACUCGCCGUGGCUUCGACACCUACUUCGGCUCCUUAACGGGCAGUGUGAACUACUACACUUAUGAUUCCUGUGACGGCCCUGGGCUGUGUGGCUUUGACCUCCAUGAAGGGGAAGCGGUCGCCUGGGGCCAGAGGGGCAAAUACUCCACCCAUUUGUACACGCAGAGAGUCCGCAAGAUCCUGGCAACCCACGAUCCUCAGUCCCAGCCGCUGUUCAUCUUCCUCUCCUUCCAAGCUGUUCACACACCCCUGCAGUCUCCACGGGAGUACAUCUACCCUUACCGUGGGCUGGAAAAUGUGGCACGCAGGAAGUAUGCUGCUAUGGUGUCAGCUGUAGACGAGGCAGUUCGAAAUAUAACAUAUGCUCUCCGCAAGUACGGUUACUACCAGAACAGCGUCAUCAUCUUCUCUACUGACAACGGUGGCCAGCCUUUGUCUGGUGGCAGUAACUGGCCCCUCAGAGGACGUAAAGGCACCUACUGGGAAGGUGGCGUCCGGGGUCUGGGGUUUGUCCACAGUCCUCUGCUGAGGAGGAAGCGGAGGGUGAGCAAAGCCUUGGUGCACAUUACUGACUGGUAUCCCACACUGGUGGGACUAGCAGGUGGCAAUGAGUCCCUGACAGAGGGGGUGGAUGGGUAUAAUGUUUGGGAAGCCAUCAGUGAAGGUAAAGAGUCACCAAGAUUGGAAAUCCUCCACAACAUCGACCCUCUCUAUAACCAUGCACGCAGUGGCUCCCUGCAGAAAGGAUAUGGGAUUUGGAACACAGCCGUUCAGGCCUCCAUCCGAGCUGGAGACUGGAAACUUCUGACAGGAGACCCUGGUUAUGGAGACUGGACCCCGCCACAGAUCCUUCCAGGUUUUCCCAAUGGCUGGUGGAACCUAGAGCGCCACACUCAGCCUCGGAAAUCAGUGUGGCUUUUCAACAUCUCCGGAGACCCUUACGAACGUUUUGACCUCUCUGAGCAGAGACCAGAUGUUGUCAAAGAGCUUUUAGCCAGACUGGUGUACUACAACCGCACUGCGGUGCCGGUAAGGUAUCCAUCAGAGGACCCACGGGCUGACCCAGUCCUGAAUGGAGGUGCCUGGGUCCCCUGGGUGGGAGAUGAGGAGGAGGACAGCUGGGACAGUGUUUACCAGAAAAAGAACAAGGAUUGGAAGAAGAAGCUCAAACAGUCCAAAAGCAGGUCGUUUUUCAGGAGACUCAACACUAGGAUCAUGUCCAACAGGAUAUAG